AGACCCCAGCACACUCGGCUGUGUCCUGCUCCCAGUCCUGUGUCCACACCUGAGGCCACGCAGAUCCCCGGGUUUCCCGUUGAGGGCUGGGACAGGUCCGCUCCCUGGGCCUCCUGCCGCCUCCUCGUCCCCUCCCCUGGGCAGUCGAGGCCCCGUCCAGCCAUCCAAUCGCAGCUGCCCGAGUGGGCGAGGACGUGCCCCGGCGGCUCCCCUCCGAGGGCUCUCGUCCUUAGGGACGCGGCCAGGCUGCCUGGGCGGCUGUACUCCGGCCGGGCUGCAGAGGUGCCUGCCACCGUGAUGGGCGGCCAGGCGAGCGCCCCCUGCCCCGGCUCCCCGCGCCCGGACUGCAGGAACCAGGACUGGAUGUCACAGCUGUGCCCGCGGCUCUGGGACGUGCCCCUGCACCAAUUGUCCAUCCCAGGGAGCCACGACACCAUGACCUACUGCCUGAACAGGAAGUCCCCCAUCGCCCAGGACCAGCCCCGGCUGCUGCAGCUGCUGGCCAAGGUCCUGCCCUGCGUGACGCGCCCUGUGGUGCUGAAAUGGUCCGUCACCCAGGGGCUGAACGUCACGGAGCAGCUGGACACGGGCGUGCGGUACCUGGACCUGCGGGUGGCCCACAUGCUGGAGGGAUCCGAGAAGAACCUGCACUUCGGACACGCUGACGGAGAUCUCGGAGUGGCUGGAGCAGCACCCGCGGGAGGUGGUCAUCCUGGCCUGCAGGAACUUCCAGGGCCUGACCGAGGACCUGCACGAGUACCUGGUGGCCUGCAUCAAGAACAUCUUCGGGGACAUGCUGUGCCCGCGCGGGGCGGGCUGUUCGUGGCGGGCAUCAACCUCACGGAGAACCUGCAGUACGUGCUGGCCCACCCGUCCCAGUCGCUGCGGACGCUGACGCUGCCC